AUGUCGAGCAUUGGAAAGGACAUCAAGACGGGCCUCAAGGGCAUCCACGGCGUCGGCGAGACGAUCCGGGGCACCGUCAACGAAGCCGCCGACCAGGCCCUCGACACCAACACCAAGCACCCGGCAACCCAGGAGAGCCAGCUCAAGAACCACGGCAUCGCCAACAAGGGCAAGGCCGAGGUGGACGGCGCCGACAGUAUGCUCGCCCGGCACGAGGCCAAGCACGGCGGCAAUGCUGCUCAGAUGAGCCAGCCUAUUGAGGGAAACCAUGCUUUCCGCGGAUAA